AUGGAGGGAAGGGAAUCGAAUCGACUCGAAUCGGUUCGAAUCGACUCGAAUCGGUUCGAAUCGACUCGAAUCGGUUCGAAUCGGUUCGAAUCGGUUCGAAUCGACUCGAAUCGGUUCGAAUCGACUCGAAUCGACUCGAAUCGACUCGAAUCGGUUCGAAUCGGUUCGAAUCGACUCGAAUCAAGCGGGUAGCUAACAAGAGUCAAGCGGGUAGCUAACAAAAAUUUUUUUCGAAUCGGUUCGAAUCGACUCGAAUCGGUUCGAAUCGACUCGAAUCGGUUCGAAUCGACUCGAAUCGGUUCGAAUCGGUUCGAAUCGGUUCGAAUCGACUCGAAUCGGUUCGAAUCGGUUCGAAUCGGUUCGAAUCGACUCGAAUCGGUUCGAAUCGACUCGAAUCGACUCGAAUCGGUUCGAAUCGGUUCGAAUCAAGCGGGUAGCUAA